GCAGCUACCAUAGAAUUACACAAGGAUAAAUAUACAUCCGCGCUCCUCUCUGUAGCUAGUCAACAAAGCCACACGUUUUCAUAUUGUAGAUAGUUGUGUAUUUGUUUGUUAUUGUAAUUGUAGCUAUAAUAAACUAUACAGCUAGAAAUAUUUAAUAACUUUAUCGGUUAUUUUGUAACCGCGUGAUAGCUACAGACAGGGUUCGUCAGAUAUCCGGUGCUUUGUAAUUUGCUAGCUAGCCAGUUAUCCAUACAUUUACUGCUGUGUUUACUAUUGUGUAGGCUCUUUCUGGAGGGGAAAUUAUGAAUUACUCAGAUUAUGAUUCCGAUGGCUAUUCUUCAAAUGCAGAUCAAGACUAUGUCCCAUCUGAUGACAACCUCAGUGAAGAUGACAUGAAUCAAUGUGUGAAAGAAGAUGGUCUGGAAGGGGUUGACCAUAGUAGCCAACAGUCAGAUAAUGUCACCAAGAAGAAAAAGAAGAAAGGCCAAGACAUUGGCAUGAGGAAAAGAAAGAAAGGAGGACUGAAGUUAGAGGAGACAGAGCAGGAUGGCAGAGUGGAGGAGCAGGAGCAGGAGCAGGAGGGAGAGGAGGGAGAGUUUUCUGAUUCCAGGCCCAAGAAGGAGGUGGACGAAGAGAAAAAGAAGAAGAAAGCUGAUGAUUUGUGGGCCAGUUUUCUGAGUGAUGUUGGUCCCAAAUCCAAGCCAUCUAUUCCAUCACCACAGUCGACUACUAAACAGCAGGCUGCACCCACAGACAGACCGAAGAAGUCCACCGCGGCCCCAUCAGAACGUCAUCAUUUAGAGCUUAAACCUAAAGAGCCCUCUAAAGUCACCAUCACUAAGGUGUUUGACUUUGCUGGGGAAGAGGUUCGAGUAACCAAAGAGGUAGAUGCUGACUCCAAGGAGGCCAAGUGCUUUCUGAAGUCCAAGGAGGAGACACCAGAUGUGCGGACUAUACCCAGCAGGCCAGAGCACUCCUCCCUCGCCCCUGGACCCAGGGGUCCAGCCUGCUCUCCUCAUGGCCACAGACAUCUGGAGGAGCUAUCCACUCUCCCCAGGGAUACUGUGAGAACAUUCUUACAGUUGAAGCACCUCUGCGAGGCACAAAAUGGUUCCCAUGUGAAGAGGCCUGCAGGGAUGGGUAGCAUCCUGAACCGCCUCGGGGGGAAGAAACAGAAGAUGAGCACGUUGGAGAAGUCCAAGAUGGACUGGGACGCCUUCAAAGAUGAGGAGGGCAUCGGGGACGAGCUGGCCAUCCACAACCGAGGCAAAGAAGGAUAUGUGGAGAAAAAGAAUUUCCUGCAGAGAGUUGACCACCGGCAGUUUGAGCAGGAAAAGAAAGUACGUCUCGGCAACAUCAUGAAGCGAUGACAAGGAAUAAUGGAGGAGGUACAUUAACAAUUGUGACACAUGCGCGCGCACCACUCUGAACAUGCCUGCCCAGUUCCCUCCCAUGAUUUCUCUUCCCAGUACUUGGCCUCUGGACUGCCCAUGUGUUUGGAAUGGCCAACAGUACCUGCUACCUGCUGUUUUUGGACCUGCGUCAGACUUCACAUUCCCAAUCUACACACAGCGCUCUCAUUACACCUCCAUCUGUUCCUGGAUCUGCGUGUGACCCGAAUCACCUAGACUCAGACCCCUGACUGUGUCUUCCUAUCUCUAUGAGAGGUGUGGUGGCAGUGUUAACCUGCUUACCUCAGCACAUGGCUGUGUGGGUUUUCCUGUACUAAACAUUUGUCAUCAUCAUCACCAGGAUGAAGGAAAAAAUGGAAAGCAUUCCAGGAGUGAGAAGAGGAGAAUGAGCAGCACAGUCAUGAUUCCACACCCUGAACUCUGGAUCAGUCGUUAUUGGCAUUGACUUGAAAGGGAGGAGGAGAGCGGGAAAGAGGAAGAAUCCACACACUGCUCAGAUAUUUGUGCCAUCCCUCUACACCUCCUGCAGUGAUUCGGUUUGGUGUGCUGUUCAUUGGAAGAGUUAAAGUUGAUUGCAUUUCACCUCCCUGUUGUGCGGACUGCGCUUCUCUGGAUAAAUUCCAGCUAAUCCGAGGAGAAGAUUUGUCUCACUCUCUGAUGUACCUUAGUUAUACCAAUAACGAUCACAGUUUCUGACAUGAUGCACGAUGAAAGAUCUAUGUUUUAUCAACAUGUCAGCUUAGCUGCUUCUUAAACCUGAGCUAAGAGGGGAGAGGAUCACUGAGCGUUUCCUCAACGUGUGCUACUGUUCUCCCAACGUAAUGACACGGCUCCUAUUACAAGGUAAUUUUAUGGUUGUUCAGUAACAGACACUCACACAGACAGGCUAAUUCAGGGACUUUAUUUUUAGUUACAGGUUGUUAAAUGAAUGGGCUUCAAGUGUGUCUGAAUAAUAACGUCUCGUGUUAUUAUGUCAGAAUUUGGACUUGUGUGAUGUUGUUAUCCUGGUACUGUACUGUGUCAACUGUAUAACAUUGAAUAAAGCACGCUAUUUGGUUUGAAA